CAGUUAAUAUCCUCAAAGUGCCUACUGUUCAAAUCUGACAAAGAAACUGGAAAAUGGCAAAGAAAAGCAUGUGGUAACUUAAAGAUUAUUUGGAACCUUCCUGAAAAACAGUUUAAGAUAAUUAUGAUAGAUGACCAGGUAAGGAAUGUUUAGAUCUUGACAUCGUUUCAAUACAAGUUUAAACUGAAUAACAAUAUAAUUUAAUUAAAUUUUAUCUUCAUAAAAUUACUAUUUUAAAAACUUAUUUAAAAAAUAGUGUUUUAUGGUAAAUCCUUUUCUGAGAUUAGAAAGUUGUGACAAGCAUUUAAACAUUUCAGAAUUCAAUAUGAUGCUCAGGUUUAAAUGUUCUUGAUGUAAAGCUGAUUUCCUCAAAACCUAAUAUUCUUCAAAAGAAAAUUAAUCCCUAAAAGAACAUAACAAACGAAAACAAUUAUUUUUUUUCCUCCAUAUUUAUUUUACACAGAUUCACACUUUGUGUGCAAGCCAUAUCAUCAGACCAGGAUUGAGGCUGUUAGCCAUGUCUCAUUCUGAUCACAUGUUUUGUUAUGAAGCACUGGAUGAAUUUGGAGAGAAGAAAAACGUUGAGCAAUUUGCCAUCAAGUUUAAGAACAAGAAAAAGGCAGAA